AUGACGAAAACAAAUGAUGAGGUGGUCCUGCAGUGCAUCUUUAUGUCCCAGCUAGAGCAUCUGAAGCUGUGUCUGGCUGCAGAGGGCUUUGGUUGCAGAUUCUGCUGUCUGGAGUCCACCUCCAGUUGCAAGAAUGUUUCUCCAGACUUGUCGGUGUGUGCCUUUGUGCUGGCCCAGUGUCUGUCUGUCAGAGCUCUGCAGGAGAUGCUGGCUAACAGAGAGAACCAAGCAGCAGGGUUGUGUGUUGUGCAGGCUGGACAGGGAGGUGGUCAUCGCACCCUCCUCUACGGUCAAGUUGCACUUCUCCUACACUCCUACAACAGGAUGUAUCUUUGUUUGUCCACAACCCAGUCUUCGACAGAUAAGAUAGCAUUUGAUGUUGGCCUGCAGGAUGAUAAAACAGGUGAGGCAUGCUGGUGGACUAUUCACCCUGCCUCCAAGCAGAGGUCAAAGGGGGAGAAGGUCCGUGUCGGGGACGACCUCAUAAUGGUCAGUGUGACAUCUGAGAGAUACCUGGCUCUUGUCUUGGUUGUUUUUAUGCAUAAUUUGUCCUAUUGUCCUAGUUUUAUUGUGGACGCAGCCUUCCAGCAGACCCUCUGGAGUGUCACCUCCAUCUUCUCCGGGAGUGGAGUUGCUCAAGGCAGGAGACUUGAUGGUCUCAGUCAGCAGGGGAACAUUCCCUCUUUCAACCUGCCAGUAGAGACUGUGGGCCUGAGUCUGCAGGAUCUGAUUGGCUACUUCCAGACACCUGGGGAGGGGCUAGGACAUGAGGCCAGGCAGAACAGUGUGCGAGCGCUGAAGAACAGAGGAGGAGGUCGUUGGUUUGGUCCUUGA